AUGUGGCAGCUGCUUAUCCUGUUGCUGCUGCUGCUGGGGGCAGUCGCUUGGCAGCCGCUCGAGAGCUACUUGGCGCCGGCGACUCAUGAAUUGUAUACGGUUGUCAGCCGCAGUGACGACGGGGAUUCCGUUGUGGCCGUCGUGCGUCGCAACGGGCUUCUGUAUAUGCUCUACGACGAAACGAUCAUCGGGGCCGAGUUCGAUGGCCCGUCUGUGCGCCACCAGACGGUUUUUCCCGGCUUUACGAUUAUGCAAUGUGCUGCUUAUUUACAGGAUAAGCCCACGCGUGCCGUGCAAAUCGGUCUUGGCAUCGGGUCCGUCCCGACGUUUCUGCGCGCAAUGUCGAUUCCUACAGACGUGGUGGAGAUCAGCAAUGCCGUGGUGACCCAAGCAACCGACUACUUCCAGUACGAAUGGUGUCUUCAACAACAGCAUCAACAACAGAAACAGGAUAACCGUGAGAACGAGGCAGGUUAUCGAGGUGACAAGUCGUGUCCCAAUGGACGGACGUUCGUAAUGGACGGAUUAGAGUUCGUAUCCAGUAUGCCGUCCGACAUACCAGGCAUCCCAGUGAACGAGCAGGACCAUCCCUAUGACCUCGUUAUUGUCGACGUGUACACGGGCUGGAACCCUGUUGCCUUUUUCGUGCGGGAGAAAAUGCUGCAAGUCCGAGCCAACUGGUUGAGAGAUGAUGGCGUGCUGGUCAUGAACUUUGUCGGGUACAUGCACGGACCUCCUGCAGUUGUCCCCAAGUCGAUCUACCGCACACUGCAAAGCGUGUUUAAGUACGUGAAAUGCUUUCGUGAAAUGGAGAGACUCGACGAGCUGGACGCGAUGAACCUCGUCUUUUACGCUUCGGACAAGCCAAUUGGCUUCAACCUGCCGACCACGCAGAUGUAUCGAGACCCUCCUGACCACACCUACUUCAGUGUGGUCAAGAGCUUUCCGGAAUGGGAGAUCUUCACGGAGCUGCAGGAUCAUGUUGAAGUUGCAGUGCACCAAGAGAUGGAGGACGAAGAAGUGCACUUUGUGGCGUCAAACGAGGACGAGUGGUCAACGACGGGAGACGCGCUUGUUGCUGCUCCGCGCGUACUAACGGAGACCGAUCAUGGCCAAGAGGAAUUUCGUGAGGUUCAUACUGACACACAGGUCCACAUGCGGGAGCGCGUUCUCGAUCAGUUCCCUCCAGCACUUUGGAUAGAGCUCAAGCAGAAGCGUGCGACAACGACUGCGAAGGAGCUGUAA